AUGAAUUUGCAAGAAGAAUGGGAGAUGGCAGAAAAAAAUUUAGCAAGACGAAAGAGUUUAAUGUUAGCACAUAUUUCAGUAUCUUCGCUCACUAUAUUAAUUGGAAUAUGUUUGCUCUUAAUUUUAAAAUACAAUGCUUCUAAUAAGAUUUUAAACAUUGUUACGUCGAGUAUCACAGCUACCGGUGGAGUUCUAGCCCUCAUAAAAGCCAUUGCAGAUAAGGCCGCGGAUAACAUUAAAAAAUUUACUAAUACUAUAAAAUUCAACGGAAAAGAGAAAGAGAAUAUACCUGCAUUGAUAAAUAUGAAAGAUGAAGAGUUGAAGAACCUGAAAACAGAAAGGCACGAAAACUAUAUAAAAUUUUUAACUCGUAUUAAUUAUCUCAUCAGAUUAGAAAAGAAAUUUGGAGUAUGCCCGGUCAAUAUUUCCUUUCCAAAUAUUGCUCAAUACGCGGAUAUAGGCAUAAUCGUGAGCGGAACAUUAUGGUUUAUCAAUAUAAUAUUAUCACAUAUGAUAAAAUUAUAUGAUGUUGUAUCUAAUCUUCAUUGGGGUAGCGCAGAUGAUCGUAGCACAGAUGAUCGUCGAAUGGGUUUUAAUGGAAGAACCUAUGUAUUAAAUAAGGACGUGAAUGAAGCAUAUUUUGGAGAAUAUAGAACAGGAAAUGAUGACGUAACAUUUUUUGGAACAGAAAUUGAAGCGAAACUUAUUCUGAGACUUGCACUUGCUAAUGCUAUUAUUAUAUGUGGUAAAAUAAAUGACGAUAAAGAAACACUUUUGGAAAUACUUUUUAAGGAUGUUAAGGGUGAGAAUCCCAGUAAAACAAGCGCUUGUAAGACAUAUGUUUUUGAAAUACAUAAAAAAGAAGACAAAACAGAAGAUAAAACAGAUAAAGUUUUUGAAAUAUAUAAAAAUGAAUCUGAAGCUGAACCUUAUGACACUAUAUCUAUCGAUAAUAAAGUUACAAUUAAGAUAAUAUCAAAGAUUGAAAGUGCUGACAAUAAAUCUAUCGAUGAUAAAGUUAAAAAUAAGAUAUCAAACAAAGAAAGUGCUGGCAAUAAAUCUUGUGACGAAGUAUCUAUCAAUGAUAAAGCCGAAAUUACGAUAAAAUUAAACCAAGGAAGUAAAACAUUUUAUAACAAAGAAAAACCUAUCAACAAGGAAUUUUUGAAGUCUGCUAUGAAGAUUGCUAAAGAUAUAAUCCCAAAUAAAUUUCAAUUAGGAAAUGAUGACGAGGCGAUUGAGAAAUUUAGAACAGAAAAUGAUGACGAGGCAAUGAAACUUGCUUUAAAAAUUAUGGAUAAACACUGUGAUUUUAAUCUAUAUUUAACAAAGCACAAUAAGAAAUUUUUUAGUUUUAGAAAAAUAUAUAGAUUUGAAGUCAGUCGAAGUGAACUUUUUAAAAAAUUGAUCCUUAGAAUGGAAACUGAUAAUCUUAUUUUUAAAAUAGAGGAUAUAAAAUUAACUAAAAGACAUAAACGUGAAAUUAGACGUCUUUUGUUCGUAUUUUACGCUCCUCGACUUAGGCAAAACUCACGUUGGACUCGACUAUUACAGAAUUAUU